AUGCAAAAUAAGUCAGUUUACCUCAAUACGAAGAUGUCAAAAGAAAUCGAAACAGGGCCGUUGCCCGAAAAGCAAGAAGUACCAGUGACCAUCACAAGUGUGGACAUUGAUGCGGAGGCAGAACGUGCCUUAGUAUGGAAAUUUGAUCUCCGCCUCCUGCCAGUACUGGCAAUUAUGUAUCUCUUCAACAGCUUGGACAAAUCAAAUCUAGGAAAUGCCAAAACAGCUGGACUUGUUGACACCCUCGGCUUGAAAGGAAACCAAUACAACCUCAUUCUCAGUAUCUUCUUCGUCCCAUAUGUCUUGAUAGCGCCGUUCCUCGGCCUUUUGGGAAAGAAGUUCGGGCCCAACAUUGUCCUCCCCUGCAUGAUGCUUGCCUUUGGUAUCUGCACCAUUCUUGUCGUCGCAGUUUUCAACUUCAGUGGUCUAUUCGCGAUUCGAUGGUUUUUGGGAAUGGCCGAGAGUGCCUUCUUCCCAUUGGUGAUCUACUAUCAAACAACGUUCUACCGCCGUGGUGAGCUGGCUCGCCGACUGGCUAUUUUCUACGCGUCACAAACCAUUGCAUCCGCCUUUUCUGGCUUGCUGGCAUUCGGGAUCUUCCGCAUCGAAUCAGGCCCUCUUGCUCCCUGGCGCUAUCUCUUCUUGAUUGAAGGCUCAGGCACUGUCGUGUUUGCCUUGUUUGCUCUUUGGUACCUGCCUCGGUCGGCCGCAGAGGCAUCCUUUCUCACACCCGAAGAAAAGGAAUUAGCCUACCUGCGACUGCAGGUUGACAGUUCUUCUGUGGUUAAUGAAAAGCUCGACAUUCGUGAUGCGUUCCGUGUGUUCAAGCACUGGAUGAGCUGGGCUAUCCUGGCUAUCCAGAUCUGUCUUGGUGUUCCUCUGCAGUCCGUCCAGCUCUUUUUGCCAGUCAUUAUUCAACGUCUGGGCUACAGCACCGUCAAGACCAACCUAUACACCGUGGCCCCGAACAUCUCGGGUGCUGUUGUUCUUCUCAUCCUGGCUUUCAGCAGUGAUUACACCAAAUGGAGGUUCCCCUUUAUUGCCGCUGGUUUCCUUUUCACUUUCAUCGGCUUCAUCAUCUACGCCACCAUUGAUGUCCAGCAGGAUCUGGGCGUGGCAUACUUUGCUUCGUUUUUGAUGACCUGGGGAACAUCUGCACCAUCUGUUCUUCUAGAUGCCUGGUACAACAACAACACUGCGAACGAAGGACGACGUGUGGUGUUGACGAGUAUUGCUGUUCCCAUGGCCAAUUUGAUGGGGGUGGUCAGCUCCAAUAUCUUCCGCACUCAAGAUGCGCCCGAAUAUCUCCCAGCCUUGAUCACCACGGCUUCCUUCGGCGGCUGUGGCAUUGUGUUGACCCUUUGUGUCGGAUUCUGGAUGAUGGCUGACAACCGGAGACGAGACCGAAAGCAAGGCAUUCAAGUCAAUCCGCGGGACGUUCCCACGGAAUUGCUUCAUGAAGGCCCUGCCAGUGAUGAUUUCCGUUGGUUCUAUUAG